UGUAACAGCAAGAACAAACACCGCAUUUCACUUCAAAAUCCUCUGAACAGAAAGAAAAUACUAAAAUAAUAUUUCUCUCAUUGAAAACUAAAGCAACCCAAGGCCAAGAUCCAAACCCAAUCCUUUUUUUUUGGAUAUCCUUCAGUUUUUCAACUUGCAACUGGCCUUUUUUUUUGGUCCAAAUGCAAAUCUUUGUAGAAUCUCCACUGCAAUUCUCCUGAGAUAGCUACUAAAGAAAAAUGGUGUCUUUGUUAAAGACAGUCUUUUUAUUCUUGAUGCCAAUCUGGGUCUUAAGCUUUAAGCUCAGCUAUGGCCGAAUCUUCACUUUCAAGAUGCACCACCGUUUCUCCGAACCCGUCAAGAACUGGUCCAACUCCACUGGAAAACUCUCUCAUUGGCCUGUAAAAGGCUCUUUUGAAUACUACGCCGUUUUAGCUCACCGUGAUCGCCUCCUCCGCGGCCGCCAGCUCUCUGGUAUUAAUGCACCCAUUUCUUUCUCUGAUGGCAACUCCACUUUCCGAAUCAGCUCUUUAGGGUUUUUACAUUAUACAACAGUGCAAUUGGGGACUCCAGGGGUGAAGUUCAUGGUGGCACUGGAUACAGGGAGUGAUCUUUUCUGGGUGCCCUGUGAUUGCAACAAAUGUGCUCCAACUGAAGGAACUACUUAUGCUUCUGAUUUUGAGCUUAGCAUAUAUGACCCUAAAGGAUCAUCGACUAGCAAAAAGGUCACCUGCAACAGCAGCUUGUGUGCACUUCGUAACCAAUGUCUCGGAACAUUCAGUAAUUGUCCUUAUAUGGUCUCUUACAUGUCAGCUCAAACUUCUACUUCUGGGGUUCUAGUGGAGGAUGUUCUUCACCUCACGACAGAAGAUGGUCAUCCAGAAUUGGUCAAGGCAUAUGUCACAUUUGGCUGUGGGCAGGUACAAAGCGGUUCAUUCCUUGACGUUGCAGCUCCCAAUGGUUUAUUUGGGCUUGGCAUGGAGAAGAUAUCAGUUCCCAGCAUUCUAUCACAGGAAGGUUUAACAGCUGAUUCUUUCUCCAUGUGUUUUGGACAUGAUGGAAUUGGAAGGAUCAGUUUUGGAGACAAAGGUAGUCCUGACCAGGAAGAGACCCCAUUUAAUCUUAACCCAUCACGUCCAACCUAUAACAUUACCAUAACUCAAAUUCGGGUGGGGACAACUUUAAUUGAUGAUGAUUUUACAGCUCUUUUUGAUUCUGGGACCUCAUUUACAUACUUGGUUGACCCAACAUAUUCAAAUCUUUCUGAGAAUUUCCAUUCUCAAGCACAAGAUAGGCGGCGUCCACCUGAUUCAAGGAUUCCCUUUGAGUACUGUUAUGAUAUGAGCCCUGAUGCAAAUGCCAGUUUAAUACCUAGUAUGAGUUUAACAAUGAAAGGUGAAAGUCACUUUCCUGUGUAUGACCCAAUAAUUGUCAUUUCCACUCAGAGUAAACUUGUAUACUGCUUGGCUGUCGUCAAGAGUACAGAACUGAAUAUAAUUGGACAAAACUUUAUGACUGGCUACCGUGUUGUGUUUGACCGAGAAAGAUUUGUCUUGGGCUGGAAGAAGUUUGAUUGUUAUGACAUUGAUGAAACCAGUGCGUCCGUAGUAGAAUCACAUGCUGCCUCUGCGCCUCCUGCCUUUGCUGUCGGAAUCCGUAAUUAUUCUACCCCAGAAGCAACAAAAGAUAUCGGGAAAAAUAAUUCUCACACUUCAUUUGCAUUGCGAUCUUGCCAUUUCCAAGUUUCUCCUCUGUCUUGCCUCGGAUUUGUCUCCAUAUUGUCUCUAUUAUUGUAGGUAUUUUUGGGCUACUUUCUCAAGCCAGUUGCAAUCCCCUGCUGUAGCAAAAUUUUGGGCUAUAUCCUCCUUUUAUCUUCAUAGAAAUAGCAAUGAAAACACCUUUACCAGUUCCCUAGCCGAAGCCAUGGUAUAGGAUUCUUUGCAUACGCCUCUACAUGCGAUUGUAUCAUUGCUUAUCGUCCACAUCUUUUCCUUUCCUUUUAUUUUAGCAGAGAGUAGGUGUCAUUGUUGUAUUCUGAACAGCAACACAGAGACAUUGUUCUCCAUGUAUAGCCACAAUACAAGUUUAACACAUUUUUGGUGGAAUCACUCUCUAGCAGUAAGCUAAGAAUUUGUUUUUGCCAACCCAAAAUUGUUGACAUAUUUGUAUAACUGUGUGUUUCAAUUUUUAACUUUGCAAUCGAGGUUCCAGUUGCUGCUGGCAACAGUCCUAGCAGCAGCAACUUUA